AUGGAAGCUGAAGCAAAGGGUGAAGAAGACAACAAUACCGUUAUGGGAGACAAGCUUACAGCAUGGGAUGCCUCAAGACAGAAGCUUAGCGUUGGUGUUAUUUCUCCAUACAAUGCUCAAGUUGCUGCAAUUCAAGAGAAACUUGGACGGAUAUAUGGGAAACACAGUAACUUCGAGGUGAAAGUGAAUUCUAUUGAUGGUUUCCAGGGAAGUGAGGAAGACAUCAUAGUUCUCUCUACAGUAAGAUCCAAUAAUGAGGGGUCAAUUGGGUUCUUGUCUAAUCCACAGCGAGCGAAUGUUGCUUUGACGAGGGCCAAGCAUUGUCUUUGGAUUUUAGGAAAUGAAAAAACUCUGAUCAACAGUAGAUCUAUUUGGCCUGAAUUAGUUUGUGAUGCCAAAAGGCGUCAGCGUUUUUUCAAUGCUGAUGAUGACAAAGAUCUGGCUAAAGCAAUAGUACAGGCCAAGCAAGAGCUUGACCAGCUAGAUGAUUUACUUAAUGCGAACUCAACACUUUUCAAAAAUGCAAGGUGGAAGGUUCUCUUCAGUGAAAACUUCAGGAAAUCAUUUGGAAAAAUGAAAUCUACACAAAAAAAGAAAUCAGUUAUUAAUUUAUUAUUGAAGCUCUCAUGUGGAUGGCGCCCCAGAAAAAGAAAGAUAGACCCCAUUUGUGAAAGCUCUGUACAGCUUGUGAAACAGUUUAAGGUUGAAAAUUUGUAUAUUAUUUGUUCUGUUGAUGUUAUGAAAUAUGAAAGCUAUGUGCAAGUUUUGAAGGUUUGGGAUGUUUUACCUCUAGAGGAGAUUCCAAAACUGGUUAAACGUUUGGAUAACAUCUUUGCCCCAUUAACAGAUGAUUUUGUCAAUCGCUGUAAAGUGAAAUUCGUCAAUGGGGAUUUGGAAGUGCCCAUGAUCUGGCCAAGCUCUGACAACAUUGUUCGGAGUAGGAAUAUAUACUGUACAGAACUUCAGAAGAUUUCAAAUGAUGACGACAUUGACGGUAGAAGCUAUGUUGAAAAUUCAAGGGUGAGCGAGAGUUUGCUACUGAUGAAAUUCUACUCAUUAUCAUCGGGUGUUAUUGGGCAUCUUCUCUCUGGACAUGAUGGUAGAGAACUUGAUCUUCCAUUUGAAGUAACAGAUCAGGAGCGGGAGAUUAUUCUUUUCCCUAGUACUACAUUCAUCCUAGGAAGGUCUGGAACAGGGAAAACAACUGUGUUGACCAUGAAGUUGAUUCAAAAGGAGCAACAACAAUACCUUUCCUCAGAAGGAAUGUCGGAAUUGAAGUUCGAUACAAGUAAGGAUGUUCACAAGACGAAUGAGAUUGUGAAGGGUGUUGGAGAAGCUAGCGGGACUGUUUUGCGUCAGGUGUUUGUCACUGUUAGCCCCAAGUUAUGUUCUGCUGUCAAGAAGCAAAUUUCUCAGUUGAAAAGCUUCACCUGUGGAGGAAGUUUUUCAGAAGCUAAAUCAAUCGAUAUGCAUGAUAUUGAUGACAUAAAUGUCUCCGGGGAUAUUCCUUAUUGUUUCCGUAAUGUUCCACAUACUUCCUACCCUCUAGUCAUAUCUUUUCAGAAAUUUCUUACGAUGCUGGAUGCAAGUAUGGAAAAGUCAUUCUUUGAUAGAUUUCGUGAUUUAAAUAAAUUUUCACUGGGUACAACUGGAACUUUUAAUUCAGUUGCAUUACAAGCCUUCAUAAGAACAAAGGAGGUUAAUUAUGACAAGUUCAAUUCAUCAUACUGGCCACAUUUUAAUAGUCAGUUGACUAAGAUGUUGGAUUCUUCAAUUGUGUUUACUGAGAUAAUUUCCCAUAUAAAGGGUGGAAUAUGUUCGGGCAGGGCAGAAGAUGGUAGACUCAACCGGGAGGAUUAUGUUGCCUUGUCUGAAGGCCGGGUGUCCACCUUAAAUAGAGAAAGGAGAGAGGUAAUUUAUGAUAUAUUUCUUGAUUAUGAAAAGAAGAAGUUGAUGAAUGGUGAGUUUGACUUGGCUGAUUUAGUUAUUGACCUUCAUCGCCAAUUGAGAAAUGGAAGCUAUGAAGGUGAGGAAAUGGACUUGGUCUAUAUUGAUGAGGUUCAAGAUCUAACCAUGAGGCAGAUUGCACUUUUCAAAUAUAUAUGCAAAAAUUCUUCUGAUGGCUUUGUUUUCGCUGGUGAUACUGCCCAAACUAUUGCCAGGGGGAUCGAUUUCAGAUUCCAAGAUAUAAGAUCACUGUUCUUCAAAGAGUUCCUUAUGGAAUCAGCAAGUGAUAGCAAUGAGAGAGGGAAAAGAAGUAGCCAGCCGCGUGUCUCGGAGAUUUUCCAUUUAAACCAAAACUUCCGUACCCAUGCUGGUGUUCUCAAUCUUGCACAGAGUGUGAUUGACCUUUUAUAUCGUUUCUUUCCUCACUCUAUUGAUGUUUUAAGCCCUGAGACAAGUCUUAUAUAUGGAGAAGCUCCUGUGUUGUUUGAAUCUGGAAAUGAUGAAAAUCCAAUCCUAACUAUUUUUGGCAAUAGUGGACCAAAUGCUGGAAGUAUGAUUGGCUUCGGAGCUGAGCAGGUCAUAUUGGUACGUGAUGAUUCUGCAAAGAAGGAAGUCUCUGCCCAUAUUGGAAAACAAGCUCUUGUUUUAACAAUACUUGAGUGCAAAGGACUUGAGUUUCAGGAUGUACUGCUAUACAACUUUUUUGGCACAUCUCCUUUGCAAAAUAAGUGGAGAGUUGUGUAUGCGUAUAUGAAAGAACAGGAUAUCCUUGAUCCCUCUCCACCAAAGUCAUUUCCAUGUUUCAGUGUCGCAAAACACAAUGUUCUUUGCUCCGAAUUGAAGCAAUUAUAUGUUGCUAUAACUCGUACAAGGCAAAGGUUGUGGAUCUGUGAGAACAUUGAAGCGUUGUCCAGGCCUAUGUUUGAUUAUUGGAAAAAGUUGGGCCUAGUUCAAGUUAGGCAACUUGAUGGUUCACUUGCACAAGCAAUGCAAGUUGCAAGCAGCAAAGAGGAGUGGCGUUUACGUGGCAUCAAGCUAUUUAAUGAGGAAAACUUUGAGAUGGCUACAAUGUGCUUUGAAAGAGCUGGAGACACAUACAGAGAGAAAUGGGCUAAAGCAGCUGGUCUUCGAGCUGCUGCAGACCGCAUGCAUGGCACUAAUUCCGAAAUGCGGCGUAUUGCUCUUUUAGAAGCUGCAGAGAUUUAUGAAACAAUUGGUAGAGCUGAGUCUGCUGCUAAGUGUUUUAUUGAGUUGGGGGAAUUUAAAAGAGCAGGUAUGAGAUUUUGUAUUGAUUUUGCAUAUUGUUCCUAUAACAAUAACAGAACCUGAAUCUGACAGAAGA